GCUCAAGUUGCCAUUUCUCGAGGCAGCCGGCCAGGACAGCUUCUUUUGCCGCCUGUGGGGCAGCCCUCUGUCAGGCUCCCAUGUGGCUGUGCGCAUUUCUGCUCCUGUUGGAGCGACUGUUUCCUCAACGGUCUUUCCCUCUCGUGUGCCAUGGCGCCGCAGCAGCAGCGGCAUCCCUGGCGUAAGCGUGAUGAUGAAGAUGAUGACGGUCAUCCUCCUGUGCGGUUCGCGUAGCAACCUUGGGUCCAGCCCCUGGGUGGACCAGGGACGGUGGGGCCUCUGUGCUCGCCGAGGUGAUGUUGGCCGUCGGCAAGGAGGCCGGCAACCCAGUUACUCUUCCGAACGCAGUUGAUGUUGUCACCGGGAAUACAUGUGCCAUGGCCAUUCCUGCUUCAGUGAAUGUGGAUGUGCUUACUUUGGAUCAAAGGCCGUGAUGGACAAACAUCGUACGGACGUGGAAGAAGAGCCCACCGUCUCACGCGAUGAGAUUCGGGUAGCGGCGGCUCUCCUCAUUGGUGCGCGACCCGAUCCCAAGAAUGCUCUCGAGCCGUUGGGUGUUGAGCACCCGUUUGGCCAAAGCGGUUGAGUCUGCUGCGUGUGCCGAGCGAGUUGCCCAUCAAGAGAUCGCAUUCAAGGAAUAGAAAUGUACAACGAUUCGCAAGCGGUUGGAGGAGGUGGGUGAGGCCUUGGCUGCAGCUGCGCACGAGCUCGAAAUUGCCACGGCCGCCCGUCAGCAGGCUGACCUCGACCAGGCAUCCUCCAACCCAGAUGCACGGAAGAAGUCAAAAGCUGCUGAAGUUCAACGUGCUCGGCAAGAACAGCAGGCGCAAGUUGUCGCUGGCCAUGGUGGACACCCUCAGGCUGCUCAACCUGCUGCCGCCGUGGCUCUCGCAGGCCAUGCUGCAGACGGUGGCGGACGUCAUGUCCCGCCGCAGCAGCAGCAGCAGCAGCAGCAGCAGCAGCAGCAGCAGCCCCCGCCGCAGGCUGUGCCCAUCCCUGAUAUUGCCAACACCACUGGCCACGAGUUGCAGCGAUGGUGUAUCUUGCUCUAGGAGAACGUUGACUAUUAGAAGGCCCUCCGUGACAUGCAGGUCAUGUUCAAUCAGGUGAAGUCUGCUGAUGAUGACAUUCCGACAAUGGCAGCGUCAACGACGACCCAGAUUUGCUCGACGCCGAGUAUCAAGCUCUACGUAAGAGGUCACUCGAGGCUGCACUCCAACAUAAAGAGGCUAAGCAUACGGACAAACUCGUGUCCCACAAGUCCAAGCAGAAGUCGGCGAAGAGGAUCAAGACGGUGGCCGGCAUCGUGGAGGCCGCUUUCCAGCGCGUUAUUGCUCAGACGGGAUUCCAGAUGCAGAGCCUUUAGGGAGCUUGUGCUGUCCUGUCAGUCCGCUCGUCCCCCUGGAGGUGCCGGUGCGCAAGCUAUCUCAGGCAAGCGUGCCGCCGAGGGGAAAGCCGAUCAAUCUUGUCCCUGGUUCCUGUUUGCGAGCGCUACCUCUUGGAGCUUGCCUGCCAAGAGUUUUGCAUCCAGGUGUCGUGCCCCGUGUGACGGCUUCUUCUUUGCCGAACAUCACCUGACCAGUGACAGAGCAAAGGCUUGUAUGAAGG